GACGGACCAUGAAAAAUUAUGUUAUAACAUCAGAAGGAAACAAUAUAUAUAAUUAUAUAAGUUGUAGGAAAACCCUUGGCAACAGUAUCUCGAUAAAUCUCAUUGUGUCGCUCCCAGAAUCGUUAGAUUCACUUUUCCACCACCAUCUUCUUCCAAAGAUUCGGUCCAGAGUAAGCUCUCAAGCUCGUUCCUAAAGGGCACAUCUCAGAAUGAAAUUCUUCGGUUGGGUCCAAAAUAAGCUUAAUGGGAAACCGGGGCGCAGUAAACCACAAACAGAUUCUGCUACUAAUUACAUGAAACAAGAGCCUCGACAAGAGUUCAGCGAUUGGCCUCAUGGAUUGUUGGCUAUAGGAACAUUUGGCAACAAUAAUGACAUGAUAGAAAAUCCUCCAUCCCAAAACACCGCCCGACAAGAUCCGUUUGAUAUUCGCGAGGAACACGAGCCGUCCUCAUCGGAGGAUUUACACGAAUUUACGCCCGAAGAAGUCGGGAAACUAGAAAAGGAAUUAACCAAACUCUUGUCCCGAAAACCGGCUUCUGAUGUUAAAAAGGAACUAGCAAAUCUACCAUUGGAUAGGUUUCUUAACUGUCCAUCGAGCUUGGAAGUUGAUAGGAGGAUUAGCAAUGCGGUUUGCAGUGAUUCAGGGGAUAAAUCAGAUCAAGAAGACAUUGAUCGAACCAUUAGUGUUAUCCUCGGCCGAUGCAAAGACAUUUGCGCUGAAAAAAACAAGAAAUCGAUCGGCAAAAAAUCGCUUUCUUUCCUUUUGAAGAAGAUGUUUGCUUGCGGCAGUGGAUUUUCACCUGCCCCGAGCUUGAGAGAUGUGCUGCAAGAAUCGAAAAUGGAGAGGCUUUUGAGGGUAAUGCUUCACAAGAAGAUUUGCAAUCAGAACCCUUCUGGAGCAUCAGCUGUGAAGAAAUAUUUAGAAGACAGACAGUCUCCGAAAAGGCGAAAUAAAUUAAAUAAUGAAGAUGAAACCCAGGAGAGGAAGAGUGAAGAUGGAUAUAAAUGGGUGAAGACAGAUUCUGAAUAUAUUGUUCUGGAGAUCUAAAAAGCACCGAGAUUAAUAAGGUUCCUAUGUCAAGAACUUGAAUGGCUACCUUCACUGAUUCAGGACAGAAAUUUUAGAGUGAAUCUAUGAAUCAUUCGUGAUAUGUGGUGUCUCAAAAAAAAGAAAAAAAAAGUGUAUAAUUCAAACAGGGAUCUGUAUUUUGUUCUAGCUGUGCUUUUCCAUUUUUUUUGAUGGUUGUAACUAUGGAUGCAGACAUGCAUUGCAAUGCAGCCCAUGUUCACGAGGUAUCUGCAAUAGAUAUCUAUAUUUCCCUAGCGGAGCUUAACAGUUAGA